GACGAUAUCAAAACUGUUGCUGAACGAGUCGUGUGGGGCUAUAGCCCGGGGGUAACAGCGUGGCUUGUCAGGGGUGGGACUGACGGCCUCUGAGAUGGAUGCCUUGUGUACUACGAGGCACACGCUGUAGUUCUAUCACAAAGGCUUGUCCCAUUAAGUCAAGAGGGAGCCGUAGGUAACGGGCGUAUAUGUGCAUACCUUGAUAUAGGUGAGAUUAGCUGGGAAAUGGGGACGGAGAAGCCUGCCGACUCGAGCUCUGUGGAUAUGGGAGAUUCUAACAGACGUCAGUUGUCUCCCGAUGAACGAGGUUACGUAGCAGGGCAACAUGGCAAUACGUACAUGUCUUAUGACGUCGUCACGAAUGAACAGUCGCCCAGAUCGUCGCCACAACCUCUGGCCGUCACUGAUUGGCCAGUCAGGCCAUAUCCAGACCUCUCACAGGAGCCGGUGUGGGUGGUGCCACCAUACAGGGAACCGGUCAUCAUGGGGUAUGGUCCUACGUGGGUGGCGCCUGACGGCUCCAUGACAAAACUGUAUGAUGAUGACUGGUCGGGAAGAAGACCGAAACGGGGUCGCCGGCGAUUGAUACGAAACCCGGAAUCAGAUGACGACCCCCCCACGAUCGUGUUUACGCGAGGUUGUUGUCUAUGUGGGCGGAUUCGUCGUGCUCGCUGUCGCCCUUGCUGCUAUCAUCGCCCUUGUCUACACACAGAACUCAUAGUGACUCCUGCUGCACGUGCUUGUAUAUAUCACCUGUCCAUCAUUGUCAUUGUCAAUAGCGCACCUGUCAGCCUUCGUUUUGUUGAGACAGUUGAUGUGACAAUUUUUGACGUUUUUAUUUUAGGAGAUACAAUUACUGUACUGUAUUUUAUGUCUUGGAUUAAUUCCUAUUAAGUCUCGCUGACAUUUUUUCAUGUAAUUAACUAACCUGCCUUUGUUUAAAAGAAGUUUAUUAUCAUGAAAACCAUUCAUUGAUGUUAUAAUCUCGUUGAUAAGGUCUGUUUAUUUAGGAACAUUUCUUGGGUACAAGAACUGCCAUAGCAUUGCUAAAUUGUUUUAAAGAGCACAAUAGAGUUCUUAUUCCAAUUAUAAAAGGUAAACUAAGGUACAAAAGAAAGUAAAACCAGAAAAGUGCUUUGGGGAUUAUUUUCCUCAAAGCAGUGGAAAUUCCUUGCAAAUGUCCUGAUUACGCCAAUAUGAGUCCCCAACGUUCGUGGCCUGUCAUCAUCAAAACUCUUUUCAAAAUAUUUACGUUAUUUUGGAGAAAAAUAUU